UAAAUAUUACCGAGUGAUUAAAGUUGGAUGGGAUUCUAAUCAAAUACACUGUCAUUAUAAUAACAAACGAAAGAGAAAUUGCCCGAAAUCGAAAGGACCGACGGGAAUCUUUGGUCGCUUCCGUUUUUUGCUCCCUUUUAAGGAACUGUUACCAAAGAGCCUUUUUUUUUUUUGGCACAUUUGCCCAAGAUGAUCGUCAUGGUUGGGUGACAUGCGGAGAUUGAAGAGAUUUGAAAAUCGACGCAAUUUCGGUGGUCUCAAACGGGCUUCCCCUUCGACCCAGGAGUUGAAAGCCUUUGUGAACCCAUCCAAAUGUCAGAUUCCGCCUCACGCUCGAACCGAGGACUAUCCUUGAACCUGUAUAAAGUCCACGGUUACCUAACAACGCUUCAAAACGUAUCGGCCGCUACAUUUGUCGGUUUCGUUGUUAUCCACGGUGCCCAAAUCGCUGUCAGUCUUGUAGGCGGCAUUGAUCAGGCCAACAACUGGCUUUUGUUGGGCCGUCCGUUUUAUCAAGAUAAACAUGUGGAAAACAUCAUUCUCAAUGCUGCUACCGUUCACGUUAUAGCUGGUGCGGCCAAAGCAGGUAUUCGAACUUACUGGAAUCGUCAUCGGGCAUCGUCGACCACCUCCACCUCCACGACGACCACCACGUCACAGGCCCGUCAUUUGUUCAAGUACCAUCGCGAGGCAGGGUAUGCUUUGGUACCUCUUGUCUUUGUUCACGCCUAUCUAGCUCGUAAAUUACCGCAAAUUCAUUUCGGUGACUCGGCAUUUGUCGACUUUGGAUUGAUUGCCUGGGGAUUGCAGAACCGGCCUUUGUUUACUUACACCACCCAUGUGGCUCUGGCACGAUCAGCAGGUCAGCACCUGAAUCAAGCCAAGGAAGCUCAUAUUGUUGAACAACAACGACAAAAACGAAUGAUGCAUAUCAAGACGGCCGUCGCCACGUCCGUAGGUGCGGUGCUUCUGGGUGGACUGAUAGUGAUUGGACAGGCGAAAAAGAUUCCUUUGCGUCGAGAAUAUGCAAGGAUAUACCAAAUGAUGCUUUGGUGUUAAUAAAAUCUAUGCGUUUGUGCGGUUCCCGAUACGUGAAGGCGUUUGCGCAAUUAUCGAGGUAAAUUGACUCGCCAUUCGAUUGCCCAAUGCACGGCACGACAUAAAAGAAUGAAGGGAAAAAAAUUCAUGGUGUAAGCGGCAACGAUUUCUCCUGACUUAUUUUUUCCCCUCCCCGUGGUCCAGGGCCCUGAUAUUGACGCAUGCGAGUUAAUCUUCUUUCAAUGUUUCCGUGGUUUGAGACAAAUAUAGCCCGGAUCGCCAUUGAAGAAUGUGU